CUGACCGACACAGGAAAGAAAAGAAAUGGCGAUGCUCGGUGGGUUUAGCUCUACACAGCACAAGAAAAACAUCUCUGACGGCAGCGGCGACGUGUCAGAGUUUGUCUGUCCAGUUUGUCUCGAAAUUUUCGACAGUCCCGUCACAACACAAUGCGGACAUACGUUCUGCCAGAGUUGUUUGCAGGAGUGUUUGCGUCCACAAAAGCCUGUUUGUGCUGUAUGUCGGGCUACCCUUGGUCACUGGGCUAAAGCAGUCGAGCUAGAGGCCGUCAUCCAAUCAUCUGUGGCGGCUUGCAAGGGAUGUGGAGCUCAGGUUGGCCUUUCUCAGAUGAGAAGCCACACAGCUGCCUGUUCAAAAUACCAGGAGUACAUUGAGGAGGGAGUGAGGACCACUGCUCAGAGCCAGCCUGCCAUCAUCAGUCCAGUGCCAAACCGUUACACCUUCACCUGUCCUUACUGCAACUGCCAGAACCUUGACCAGGAUGGCCUGGUUGAACAUUGCACUUCCCAGCAUGCUCGAGAUGCACGCCAAGUGGUGUGCCCCAUCUGUGCCUCAAUGCCUUGGGGGGACCCAAACUACAGGAGUGCUGACUUUUUCCAGCACCUGAAGAUUAGACACACCUUUUCCUAUGAUACCUUUGUUGAUUACUCCACAGAUGAGCACACAAUGAUCCAGGAGGCUCUACAGCGCUCCCUUUUGGACAACUAAAGUGUGAAGAACAAUCUGCCAGUGAAGGGAAAUGGUGAUGUGGUGUCUUGAGAAGACAGUAGCAUCAUUCAUCUAUAAAUGAGGAUGGUGGUACUGUAUUACUGUGGGUAAUCAGUUUCACAGGGAAUUGGUAUUGUAACUAUGAAUCUAUAGGUUUAACAUUAAAAACAAAUAAAUCAUACAAUAUGGUUAAAAAAAAGCAUACUGUACUGUCUGAUAUAGGAGUGAUCCUGUGUUUCUGGUGUGAUAAUAUCUUAUCUUCCCCCCAGUUGAGCCUGUAGACUUGAUAGUUUGUUGAAAAUCUACUAAACUAUGUUUGUUGAGCUGUUCGUUCAUUGAUGACAUGGUGUCAAAUAGCCAAAAACUUCCAAAGCUGUAAUUAAAAUCCCCCGUUGUCAAUACUUGAUGUAAUAAGAGGGUUCUACCACUAGGUGGCUAACUAUUGCCAGCAAAUGAUAAACUUCACUCAGUGAAGUCGUCAAGUAAUGUUCACAGUAAUAUAUAAUAAUCUACUCAAGAGUGAUUCUGCAUGUUAACUCUAAUAAGAGAAGAUGGGUUUUUGUUAAUCUUUUUGUUUCUGAGUUUAUUGGCAAAUGUCUUUUUUCUGUCUUUUUUAUGCUGUUCUUGGGUGUAGUGCGUGUGAGAGAGUGUGUUCAUUCUGUUUUCAGAGAUCUACUGGAAAGAAUAAAUAAUGUGGGGGUCAAACAAAGCCAGAGAUGGCUGUUUGCUUUAUUGUAAUGUUUCUCCCUAAUGUCUUUGUGCCUGCUGGUAGAUCUUGUUUCUGACUUCCAAACUCAUAGGGCUAAUAGUUCACCCAGAAAACCAAAAGAUGCAAGUAGGAAACCAUCCAUAUGUCAUAAUUGGUCAGUUCAGUGAUUUCCAUGUGGCAAAGAUUUAUUUGCAUGUUUAUGGCCAUAGGAGGGCAGUAGAGUUCCACCGUUAUCUGGCCAUCCAUGACAGCCACUGGCCCUCACCAGCCUCCUGGCUCUGUUGCAAGACAUAAUUCAACACAGAUUUCAUUCUAUAAAUGUGCUUUACUCAAUGUGUUGUUUCCAGCCUAGUUUUUAACUGUGUUUUGUUCAAAUGCAGCAUACAAAAAUGUCACUGAUCUUAAAAAAAAAGGUUUUAGUGGGGUUAUUUGUCACAGUUUAACAGAAUAACCACAACUUCACUUUUAGACAUUGAUGAUGUGACAUCAAAUUUUAAAUGUAACCCACAGUAGUGUGUUUUCCAUGCCCAGUGUCUUGGAUGUUUGUUUCUGCUGGCUUUCAUAUUUCUUAACAUCACUGCCAACAGUUCUGGGGGAAAAAAACAAAAACAUUGUUAUUAUUUGUAUGUUUCCAAAAACUGACAGCAUGUGAAGAAAAUUUCAGUUUGACAUUGUUUGAUUUGUACUGGAUUAUUUCAGUUUAAAUGUUUUAACUUUAAAUGUGAGUUGUGUGUAUGUUAUUUUAUGUCAGUGUUGUUUUCCAAUGACACAUAAUUGUCACAACUCAAACACAUAGUAAAAUGAUUCACACAGUCGCACUGCAUUUGUUUUCUACUAACAGGUAAAUAAAACUCCACACACCCAGAUUAAGUAGCCCUAGAGCAGAACCUUAAUGCCUUUUCACAUAGUCUUUGGUGCCACUUAGGCUUAGAUGUUCGUUUUUCUCUCCGGUAAAAUGUGUAAUAAUUUUGUAUGUGUUUCUCAUGUAUAAUGACCUUUUUUUUCUCAAUAUAUCUCUCAUUCUCUUAUGUCAGCCCUACUGUCAGAGGGUGCUAAAUCCUGAUAAAUUAAAGCUCUUUAAUUAUUUAAA